AUGAAUCGUACAUUUCCAUAUAAUCAUCCACCAACUGGACUAAGAUCAGUUGUACCAUUAGGUGGUAUAACAACAGGCUCAAUCGAAUUGCGUGGUGAUGGAACAUUUCAUGAAUGGACAAUUGAAAAUCAAUCACCAGCUGCUGGAGCAAAAUAUGGUGUCGUUGAUAAUGCAUUAUUAGCAAUUCGAUUAAAAAAUUUAGAAACAAAUGAAACUCAUACUCGAUUACUACGUACACAUUCAAAUCAUAAUUUCAAUGGUAUAGACACAAUUAGAUAUUAUGGAUCAUAUCCUAUUAGUGAUUUAAAUCGUUCAAUGACACCAGCUAUUAUUUAUUCAUUAAAUAUUGAAAAUCCAAAUGAUUAUCCAAUUGCUAUCGAUUUUAUGUAUAAUGUACCAUUAUCAGUUCAAAUCGAUCAAACAAGACUUUCUAAAAUUGUAAUACAACAAAUAAUAAGUAAUACAUAUAUUCAAUGUAUAUCAUGGAUUGGUGAAAGUUAA